AUGAACUUACGAGAACCACUUUUACGUAGUAUCUACGGCUAUGGUCUCGAACGUCCUUCGGAUGUUCAACAACGUGCUCUGAGUCCGUGUAUUUCCGGUUAUGAUGUAAUUGUGCAAGCACAAUCAGGUACAGGCAAAACGAUAACCUCCAUCAUUGCAGUUUUACAACAACUCAACGUGGACUGCAAAGACUGUCAAGCAUUAAUUCUGGUACCAACGCGUGAACUGUCUCAAGGAAUCCAUAGAGUAGUUUUAACACUAGGUGAACAUAUAAAUGUGACAUGUCAUGCUUGUAUUGGUGGUAUGAAUCUUCGCGAGGAUAUGAAACGUCUCGAAGCAGGUGUCCAAGUUGUUGUUAGUACACCUGGUCGAGCCUAUGAUAUGUUGAAAAGAUCAGCACUUCAUGAAGCUGAUGAGAUUUUAUCUCGUGGUUUCAAAGAGCAAAUUUAUGACCUAUUUACAAUGAUGCCUCCAAAUAUUCAGGUCAUUCUUCUAUCAGUUACGAUGCCCUAUGAUUUACUCGAAAUCACAACUAAAUUUAUUAAUAACCCUGUGAAAAUUCUUAUCAAAAAAGAAGAACGAACACUUGAAGGUAUUCGUCAAUUUUAUGUGAAUGUCGAACGUGAGCAUAUUAAUAUGGAUGUAAAACAACGUAAUGAUGCCAUACAAGAAUUUCGAACCGGUUCUACUCGAAUCUUAGUAAGAACAGAUAUGCUUGGGGGUGAUACUGAGAUUCCACAAGUUGGUCUUGUUAUCAAUUAUGAUCUACCGACUAAUCGUGAUAGCUAUAUCCACCGUAUUGGACGUAGUGGUGCAUUCGGUCGAAAAGAUAUGGCUAUCAAUUUCAUUACCAAUGAUGAACGACAACCAUUACGUGACAUUGAACAUUAUUAUAAUACACAAAUAGAAGAACUGCCCAUGAACAUUGCUGAUUUGAUUUAA